GUUGCCUUUAAAUUGGCGUUUUCCAAAGUCAGUACCAUGCUAAGUAAAAAGCAAUAGACGACAGGGUUGCAAUAAUGCGGGUGUUUCUGGCGGCUAUUGUUAUGGCUAAGUUGUUAAUUGUAUUUGGAUCUAGAUGUGAAAAACCAUGUCCUGUCUGCAGAGCUGGUGCCUGUCCAACAAAUGGGGGGAAGCUGCCAUCAACAUCAAGCUGUACCUGUGAUUGCGACUGUCCUGGCAAAUUGAAGUGCUGUGCAUAUGGAACUAUCCGUACAUGUGUGCAAUCUACUUCUGGAUAUCCAGGUCUAUGUCCCGUCAUUACGACGAGUGCCACAACGUGUAAGGUUGACGGAGAUUGUUCCAAGGGCUGGAAGUGUUAUUCCAGUGGUUGUGGUAACCUGUGUGUACCUACAGCAGGGAAGCGAGACGAUUGACCCCCUCAAAGGGAUGUUCGGUGGUCCCAGGAUUCCCGAUGUCCUGUGGGAAUGUACACUGCUUGUCCCUGUGACUUACGGGGGUGCUUUCUGGUGCAAUUCUGAAUUGUGGUCAACUGAGCAAUAAAUGCUUGUUUGCAAAGCUU